AUGAAUAUGUUGGAUGAUGAAGAUGACCAAAGCUUUCACGCUACGCGUGACGGCUACUCCCAUUUGAGCGAUGUCGAAUGGGAUGCGGUUGAACGGAUGGGUUCAACCAUGGGCAUCCAUGCUGUUAGCGUCAUGCUAGAGGCUCUCAAUAGAGAUGCCCAACAUGCUACUAUCGCCAAGUUCAUUCAAAAUGAACUUGACGCUGAACGCGAGAAAGUAGCCUUGCUUCACCAACAAGGUUCUCAACAAGCAGAGUUGUUGAGAGAACAGGGUGCUCAACAGUUUGAACUGUUGAGACAGCAGCAGGCUGCUGCUGGCGGGUCGAUGCACUCGCGUCGACCCGAGACUUUGAAGAUUGACAUCUCCAAGUAUAGGGCGCGUCGCAUCGACGACGGGGAUAUGCAAGUUGCAUUUGCCCAGUCAAAUCUGGUAGGACGUGCCAAAACUUGGGCACUGGGGCUCAAGUUGCACGACCCAUAUGCGUUUGGGUCGUUGGAAGUCUUCAAGUCGCGGCUCAGACAAACGUUUGAACCGCCUAGAGCUGAGUUCAGGGCUCGAACCGAACUCUUGAAGCUCAAGCAGGGUAAGCGUGAUGUGCACGCUUACGCUCAACAUAUACGACAUCUCACGAGUUGUAUAAGUUCCAAUCCGGUGGAUGAACACACGUUGGUUUCGGUGUUCAUGCAGGGUCUUGCGGAUGGUCCCGUCAAGACUCACCUGUUCCGGCUUGAACUAGAUUCACUAGAACAAGCCAUUUCCAUUGCGGAGCAGGAAGACUUCAGUCUGAGACAGGCUCGCGCCAGCUCGACAUCAUAUCGUCAACCUAGACGAUAUGACAACGGAGGUCCAGAGCCGAUGGAACUCUGUUAUGUAGAGAGCGAGAAGGCUCGCUCUACAGGCUACAAGAAGUUGCAGAGAUGCAACAGAUGUCAAAAGACAGGACACUACGCUUACGAGUGUAGUGCCCCUCGUCCAGUGUCUCGCGACACUGGGCAUAGUGACCGUCCACCCAUGAGAAAGGGGCAGGGACGAGGGUCCGCUGUUGAUGCAAAGACGCAACAACGGGAUGGACCGUCAAAAAACGGACAGGAUCAGUAG